GCCCACCAAAAGAGCAACUAAAUACAAUAUGCCUACAUAAAUGAAGAUCGAUUAAAAUCACACAUUUGCUGAACAUGUGCAACAACACUAUGACGGCAACGGACAAAGCAACGGAAGUAAAAAACGGCACCGUUAACAGCCAGCCGUAUUUCAUACAAAAUGGCAACAGAAACCCUUCAUCCGACAUUGCUGGUGAUCCUCUAGAGAUUAGUAAUUUUCGGCGGGCAUUACCACAAUUUUUAGCUGUAAGCGCUAAGAAUAUAUUACUUUUUGUGUAUGGUAUGACGCUUGGCUUUCCCACCAUUGUAAUACCCGCCAUACAGGGCGGUGAGGGGCGUGAACCUAGUGAUAUAGUGUUAAAUAGAGAUGAAAUAUCUUGGUUUAGUUCUAUAAAUUUAAUUUGUGUGCCUUUGGGUUGUCUUUUUUCGGGUCUUCUUACACAACCGAUUGGCAAGCGACGCGCUAUGCAGUUGGUCAAUUUGCCAAUUUUGGCGUCAUGGCUUCUCUUCCACUUUUCGACGCGUACUGAGCACCUUUACGCUGCACUGUGUUUGAGCGGACUUGGCGGUGGUCUAAUGGAAGCGCCGGUACUGACGUAUGUCGCCGAAAUUACCGAACCCAAGUACCGUGGCAUUCUAUCGGCGCUCGGCUCCACCUGUGUCAUCACCGGUGUUUUCAUACAAUUCAUUUUGGGCUCUUUGUUGGAUUGGCGUACAAUAGCCGCUUUGAGUUCUGCCUUUCCGAUUAUUUGUAUAAUUGCGCUGUGCUUUGUGCCCGAGAGUCCCACAUGGCUGAUACGCGAACAUCGUUUCCGUGAGGCUGUCAAAUCGUUGCAGUGGCUGCGUGGUUGGGUACCGGAAUAUAUGAUUGAAGCUGAAUUUAAUCGACUCUAUGAGGAGUUAAUAACACAGCCGGCUCUGGAGGAAGCUGUAGAAAAUCACGGCGAUAAGCCGUCGAAGUGCGCCAGUCGCUUCAGAAUGUUUCGCAAGCGUUCAUUUUUGGCGCCAUUUUUGUUGGUCACAUUUACAUUUUUUACGGGACAUUUUUCUGGCAAGACAAGUCUGCAAACGUACGCUGUGCAGAUUUUCCACACACUAAAAGCCCCAAUCAACAAGUAUCAUGCGACAAUUUUGUUAGGUGUUGCAGAGAUGAUCGCAACUAUAAUGUGUGUCUUCCUCAUCCAUUUCACCGGCAAACGGCCAUUGGUUAUGAUCUCUACACUUGGCGUGGGAAUUUGCAUGUUUGGUACGGCCACCUAUGCCCACUAUGUGAAAGUGGUGCCCGGGUUUGCAGUGGACAAUGUCGUUAGUAAUGCUUCCAAUAUAGUGCCCAAGGAAAGCUUAAUAACACAAGCAAAUAUUAGUAAACUUUUUGAAACCGAUACAGCUGCCCUAUUGCCAGCAAUGGCGGAUAGCGCAAUUGAUAAACAGCUGUUGGAAACCACAACUCUGUACACCCUAAAUGAUGAUGUCACCACAGAGCUGACCACUUUAGUGUCCAACAGUGAAACCAACGAAACGUGGAAGCAUUUAAAUCGCACUAAACGGGAAGAGCAAGAUCUUUCUUUCGGCGAUUACAAUGAUCAAUUAUCCUUGGUUGAAUUACCUACCUUGGAUUAUACACAUUCGAAUAAUACCAGCCGUAAUUCCACGCCAUUUUUCGAUCUUAGUGACUCGGAAGAGGAUUUGCAUACAACAACUAUGCCAUCGGAUUUGGAUGCAAAAAUUACCACAGCCAAAGCAAAAACAGCAACGGCCGAACGUAAAGUGAAAUUGCCAUCCACAGAGGAAGUCACCAAGGAGAUAUUGCUACCUGUGCCCAAACAAGCUACCAACAAUCUAGUAUGGCUGCCAUUGAUUCUAUUGCUGGGUACCGCAUUUUUCGCACACUUUGGCAUACGUAUGAUACCUUGGAUACUCAUCGGCGAAGUAUUUCCGGCGCCGGUACGCAGCACAGCUUCGGGCCUUGUCAGUGGGUUGGGUUACAUUUUUGGCUUCUUGGCUAAUAAGCUCUUUCUCCAAAUGUUGACAGCAUUAACAUUGCCUGGUACAUUCUGGCUAUAUUCGGCGGUGGCAUUAACAGGCGCUUUAGUGUUGUAUUUCACGCUGCCCGAAACGGAAGGACGCACAUUACAUGAAAUUGAAGCACAUUUCUCCAAAAAGUCCGAUACAAAUUUGUUUAGAAAAUCACGUCGUCAAGAUUUAAGUAAAACAGCCAUUCAAAUGGAUAAUCUUCAGAAUUUGCAGAUUCCAAUAAGCGCACAAACUGAAUCAAAAAUAAUUAAACUACAACAAAGCGACUUUUUGCCACAAAACACUACAAAUGGCGGCGAAACCAAUUUAGCGUUCGAAGAAAAUAAUAUUACACAUUUAUAAUAGCGAGAAACGGAAAUUGUACAUAUGUAA